AAAGGGCUGCGGGGAGCUCGCGGCGUCGGGCGUUGUGUCGGUCGUGCUGUGAGGAGGAUGCUGCGCUCGGGCUCGUCGGUCACCGUGCUGUCGGGGGGCUCCGGCCGGACCACCAACGUCUGUAGACUCCGCCUGACCGUACCACCGGAACGUCCGGCCCCGGGGCAGAAAGGACAGAAGGAUGAGAGGAAGGAGCCACGUCUGGACCUCCCCAACGGGGAGCCCGCCAAGAAGCCCCCCCACGGGGUGGUCUACGGGGUGGUCCGCAGGUCAGACAGCAACCAGCAGAAGGAGAUGGUGGUCUAUGGGUGGUCGUCUAAUCAGCUGAGGGAAGAGAUGAGCUAUAUCCAAGACGUGAGAGCCUCGCUGGAGAAGGUCCGGAAGCGGAUGUGUGGAGACUACGAUGAAAUGAGACACAGGAUCGAGCAGCUGACCCGGGAGCUGGAGGUAUCCAACGUCCGCCAGGAUUAUCUCCAGAGUCACGUCCAAGCGCAGGCCGCGGCCUUGGACAGCUUCGACCACCUGAACUCGUCCUUGGCUGCCGACUCCAUUGGCUUACAGAAGUCUCUGGUGGACGUGACGCUGGAGAACAGCAGCAUCAAGGAGCAGGUGCGGAACCUGCAGCGGGCGCACGAGGCCUCCGUGGAGAAGCUGCAGGAGAAGCAGUGCCAGCUCGAGCUGGCCCACGUCGAAAACCAGCUGCUGAAGCUGAAGGUGGAGUCGUCCCAGGAGGCCAGCGCAGAAGUGAUGCGGGAGGUCACCCGCAGGCUGUACGGCCAGUACGAAGACAAGCUGAAGGAGGAACAAGAGAAGCACAAGGCGGAGAAGGAGGCUCUGAUGGAGGAGACCAACCGCUUCCUGAAGGCCAUGGAGGAGGCCAGCGUGAAGAUGCAGGCGGCGGAGGCCAGCCUGGAGGAGCGCGACCGCAGGGUCGGGGAGCUGGACCGGCUGGUGGAGCGCAUGGAGAAGGAGCGGCAACAGCUGCAGCAGCAGCUCUUGCAGCACGAGAGAGAAAUGUCGUGCGAGACGACUCAUCCCCAUCCCGACCAGGAAAGGUACCGGCAGCUGGAAGAGUCGGCCGCCGGCCUCCGGGAGCGAAUCCGGCACCUGGACGACAUGGUGCACUGCCAGCAGAAGAAAGUCAAGCAGAUGGUGGAGGAGGUGGAAUCGUUGAAGAAGAAGGUGCAACAGAAGCAGCUGUUCAUCUUGCAGCUGCUGGAGAAGAUAUCUUUCUUAGAAGGCGAGAAUAAGGAACUGCAGGACCGCUUGGACUAUCUCAAUGAGACCCGAUCACAGGCUGAGGUGGAAACCAGAGAGAUCGGGGUGGGCUGCGACCUCGCUCCCAGGAAGUUUGUCAGCAAACUGCCGGACAAAGGGAAGCGGAUCGUCAGCUCGGUGGCGCGGUUGAAGGCCGCCCUGGCAGAGUAUGGGGAGGAGGAGGGUUCCCCCGAGGGCCCGGCUGCGGCUCAGCAGGGGCACGAGUCCCCGGGCCCGGAUCGGGGAACGGCUCUCGGACGGCUGCCGGGACGCACGCAGACAAGCCGUGACCCACACGGGCGCUCUGAGGAUACAUCGGCACAAGCACGGGUACCCCGGGACCCACACACGCAAAUGUGCCAGGAUCCCGGUGGGGCCGCGGCCCCCGUGCCCGGCCACCGUAAGGACCCCUCGAGUCACCCCCGGACGCAUCAGGAGCCGCUCAGCAUCCCGAAGCCCGUUCAGGGCCGCCGGGAGGACGUGGGGCGCCCGGAAACGUGCCAGGAGCAGCGUGGCACUGGGGCGCCCGUUCCUGUCCACCGCAAGGACACGUCGGGACACACGGAGAGACGCCAGGAACUACAGGGCACCCGCUCUCAGGACACAUCGGGGCACACGGAAACACGUCAGGGGCCACCCGGCACCGUGGCCCCCGUGCCCGCCCACCGUGACUCUGAGGGAAACGAGACUACGGGCCGGGGUCCAGCUGCGGGCCCCCCGGGGGACGUUGGGCAGAGCUCCGAAGAGGUGCUGAUCGCCGGCCUCCAGAGGGUCACGCUGGCGGAGGGCGAGGGGCGGGUGCCGUCGGGAGCCUCCGUUGACCCGUCCGGGAGUACCAGCCGCCGGCCUCAGAAAAAGCCUCACUUCCUGGAGGUCCUGGAGGCCCACGCUCACAACCCUGGGGUUCCCAGGCCCAGGUUUAAGACCAACGUGCUGCCGGCCCCGGCCGGGGAGCCCCCCACCAGGCAGCGUCCCCCGUGUCUGGGGGCGGAGGAGAGGCGGCUCAGAGACAGGAAGCACCUGGAUGACAUCACCUCGGCCCGGCUGCCCCCGCUGCACUACCGGCCUGCCCAGUUACUAUCCCUGGAGGAGUCUCUCACCAUCCAGCAGCAGCAGCAGCGGAGAUACGAGGAACUACAAGCCAAACUGGCAGCACAGAAACUGGCGGAAAGGCUGGACUUUAGGAUGCUGGAGGGCUAUCAUCCCGGGCCCAAGGCCUCACUCGGUUACCGAGAAGCGAGAGAUGAAGACGAUCUUGACUCCUCAGAGGACUGAUUUGGGAGGGGGCCGAGGGGCCGGCCUCCCACACCUCCCUCCCGGAGCCCCGGAGAGCCGCUGGGUGGGCUCGGGCCCCUCGGCGACUCCUGAGGCCCUGCCCCUGAUGGGGAGUCCGACAGUCAUGCCAAGCCGGGGACAGUCGAUCACCCCAAUCUUCCCAUCUGGGCAGCUGGAAGGAACUUCUUUGGGGGACAUUCCCAGUGACCCCCACCCUCAAGUAUCACCAGAAGAUAAAUCCAAAGGCCUGUUCCAGCUGGAGUCAACUCAGUGUUUUAUACUUAGCCAUGUGCUGUAUUCCCCCCUGUUCCGUUACAAGAUUCUGUGUUGGGUUUUAAGCCAUUUCAGUUUAAGUUUUUCUCCUUCCCUUCCCCCCACCUGGGUCCUCACGUGCAGGGCAAAUUUCAUUUUUUUUCCCCCUCAGCAACACAGAUGAUAUUGAUAGUAUUGUCUGGUUUUUUUUUUUUAUUUCAUUUUUUUCCCCCUCAGCA